GGCAGGGGAGGGGUCGGCGAGGCGGAGCCGGGAGCGCCGCCAGGCCGGUGGGGCCCGCAGAUUCCCGGAUUCCCGCGGCUGCCCAGCCGCGCAGGACCGGCCCGAGGCGCCAUGGAGGGGAGCCCCAUCCCGGUGCUGACGGUGCCCACCGCGCCCUACGAGGACCAGCGGCCGACCGGGGGCGGGGGGCUGCGGCGGCCCACCGGGCUCUUCGAGGGCCAGCGCAACUACCUGCCCAACUUCAUCCAGAGCGUGCUGUCGUCCAUCGACCUGCGCGACCGCCAGGGCUGCACCAUGGUGGUGGGCAGCGACGGCAGGUACUUCAGCAGGACGGCCACGGAGAUCGUGGUGCAGAUGGCCGCGGCCAACGGGAUUGGACGGCUGAUUAUUGGGCAGAAUGGCAUCCUGUCGACCCCUGCAGUUUCCUGCAUCAUCAGGAAGAUCAAGGCAGCUGGUGGAAUCAUCCUAACAGCCAGCCACUGUCCUGGAGGGCCAGGCGGAGAGUUUGGAGUGAAGUUUAACGUUGCCAAUGGAGGUCCAGCCCCAGAUGUUGUCUCAGACAAAAUAUAUCAGAUCAGCAAAACUAUUGAGGAAUAUGCCAUUUGUCCGGAUCUUCGAAUUGACCUAUCUCGACUAGGAAGACAAGAAUUUGACCUGGAGAACAAAUUCAAACCAUUCAGAGUGGAGAUUGUGGACCCUGUGGAUAUCUAUCUCAAUCUCCUGCGGACCAUCUUUGACUUUAACACCAUCAAGGGUUUGCUGACUGGGCCCGGCCAGCUGAAGAUCCGCAUUGACGCUAUGCACGGAGUUAUGGGACCUUACGUGAGAAAAGUUCUAUGUGAUGAGCUGGGAGCUCCAGCCAAUUCUGCAAUAAACUGUGUUCCCCUGGAGGACUUCGGAGGGCAGCACCCCGACCCAAACCUGACCUAUGCGACGACCCUCCUGGAAGCCAUGAAAGGCGGAGAGUAUGGGUUUGGAGCUGCCUUUGAUGCUGAUGGAGACCGUUAUAUGAUUCUUGGCCAAAACGGCUUCUUUGUGAGUCCUUCCGACUCCCUGGCCAUCAUCGCCGCCAAUCUCUCCUGCAUUCCGUAUUUCCGUCAGAUGGGGGUUCGGGGAUUCGGGAGAAGUAUGCCAACCAGCACGGCGCUGGACAGAGUGGCCAAAUCGAUGAAGGUCCCCGUCUAUGAGACUCCGGCUGGAUGGAGAUUCUUCUCAAACCUGAUGGACUCAGGGCGAUGCUCUCUGUGUGGAGAAGAGAGCUUUGGCACUGGUUCUGAUCACCUACGUGAGAAGGAUGGCCUCUGGGCUGUCUUGGUCUGGCUUUCCAUUAUCGCUGCCCGGAAGCAAGGUGUGGAGGAAAUUGUUCGAGACCACUGGGCCAAAUAUGGUCGCCAUUACUAUUGCAGGUUUGACUACGAGGGCCUGGAGCCCAAAACAACAUAUUAUAUCAUGAGGGACCUGGAGGCUCUGGUCACAGACAAGGCCUUCAUUGGCCAGCAGUUUGCUGUCGGAAACCAUAUCUACAGUGUCGCGAAGACAGAUAGCUUUGAAUAUGUGGACCCUGUGGAUGGCACCGUGACCAAGAAACAGGGCCUGAGGAUCGUUUUCUCGGACGCGUCACGGCUCAUCUUCCGGCUCAGUUCUUCCAGCGGUGUGUGGGCCACCAUCCGGCUGUAUGCAGAGAGCUAUGAAAGGGAUCCCAGUGCUCAUGACCAGGAGCCACAGGCAGUGCUGAGCCCUCUCAUAGCCAUUGCGCUGAAAAUAUCCCAGAUUCACGAGAGAACUGGCCGGAGGGGACCCACUGUCAUCACCUGAGCGGAGAGAGAUCACUCGUGGAGGCCAAAGAGCGCUCAGUGGGGGACACUUCGUGACGCCUUCCUGUUACCUGUUUGUGCCUCUUAUGACAUGGAAAAUAACAAAAGAUGUUUUGUUGUUGGGAAGUAGGGGGCGGGUGGGAAAAGAAAUCAAUUUUGUUUUGCUUUUGUCCAGUUCCUCUGAUGCAACUGGAUCAGUAGUUGUCUGUUGUAGCUGCAUGUCUGUCAUUUGAUACCUGUAUUUUAUCACACAAAGGGGGCUCCCCUUGGAGAAAGUGAGUGGGCCGGGAAACCCUGAGUCACAGCUUCUGUACCUCUUUGGUACCACAUGAGAAAAGGGUCUAAAAUCAUGAAACAGAGAGAGGUGCCAGAGUUAAGGGACCCUAAGCCAGAGCAGCCCCUGAGCAGGGAGAAGAGCCACCCCUGUGCAGAGGAAGAGUCAGUUUCUCUUCCUAGGCCCACAUUUAGAUUUCCUAAUAGCCCCCCUCACCCACACAGUGGCCCGUGCCUUACAACCUCCUGAUGUCCCCGUCCCAUCUUCUUUCACAUCUUCUAGAGUGUUCUAUAAACCACAAUGAUAUGCUUCCAACAAAACAUAUUAAAGGGUGUUUUUCUCUUCCUUAGUUUAUAAAUAUUAUUUUAGCUGGCAAGCUGGUUGCAUUCCUUCAGAUGCAGCCAAUUUUGUGCAAGUGGCAGGAGUUUCUUGACAAGAUUCUGCAAAUGAACGCUUAAAAGGCGGGGAGGCCUAACUUGCUUAUAUCACAUAGACUGAUAGAUGACUUUAUCCAGAUUUUUCCUGAGAAGCAGGAACACCAUUGUGUGCACCAUAGCUCUGGUUUUCCAGGUAAAGGCCUCUUUUCAUGCACUUGUUUGAACACAGUUCCGACCUUACUUUCAAUGGCUGUAAAAAGGAGAGAGUGGAGGUGCUGUGAAAGUAGCAAAUGCAGAGGAUGCUGGAAGAAAGCCUUUCUGGCUGGACAGCCCUGAGCCUGGAGGAGAGGGCUGCCAGGCCUCCUAGGGGCAGAGGACCACGCUGGACUUUGUUUGCUAGGCAAGGAAAUGGAAAGGCAGCUCUGGUAGACCUGGCUGUGCUCAGGCAGAAUGCUGGGGGCUCGGGACCUGCUUGCUUUCGGGGGGGGGGACCAGCACACCCCACCAUCACAUCCUUUGCCGAGGUGACCUAGUGCACUCUGACUGUUAAGCAAUGUAUCAUGGCUGUACUCAAGCUUGGUGCGAACAAGGAAGCAUGCCCAGGAAGGCAGUUGCUUCCAUUUGCUGUCUGUGGUUCUGUCAGAAACUCGCUAGGACAUUUAGAAGCCAAUAAAAGGGAAAUUCCUUAUUUUAACCUGAGUUAAGGACUGAAGGUUUCAACUCAUUCAUUUCACCAUUUGAGAAACUCCAGGAGUGACCACCCUUCUGAUAAAUGUGCCUUUUGGAAUACUUGUAAGGACCAUUGUUCCUGAUUAUCACCUGGGGAGUUUGUGAAAUAAAUGGAAGAGAAAAAGUGAUUUGCUCAGAAUUGCCUACAGUAGUCAGCAGAAACUAGAAAGCAGCUAGACAUUCAUUGUAGUAGUCUUUAUUUUAAAAUAAUAAGAAGGUGGCUCUGAGACUUAAAGAAUGAGUUAUAAAAUGUAUCACCAGUGGAAUAAAAUUUGCCUUAUACCUUUGACUCU